AUGAGCAUCUUUAGGACUGAGAGUCUGAAGGAUUCAACAGUAUUAAUAACUGGGGCAUCUGGCGGGAUCGGUGCAGCGACGGCGAUCCUAUUUGCCCGAGCAGGCGCGAAUCUGAUCAUCACAGCCCGGCGAGAAUCGGUUCUAGAGCAAGUCAAACAGGCCUGUGAGAAGGCCAAUCAAGACAGUGCGGUCGGCCAUGGCGGACGGGUCUCGGCGUUGGUCUUGGACAUGCAAGAUCCGAAAGCGAUCGACUCUUUCUUAGACCGAGUCCCAUCGGAGUUGAAGAAGAUCGACGUGCUCGUUAAUAAUGCUGGGUUGGUCUAUGGUCGGGACCCAGUUGGAGAGUUGAACUUUGAAGAAGUUCAGGUGAUGAUCAACACCAAUGUUUUGGGCCUCAUACGAAUGACGAACCUGAUCGUGAAAGGAAUGAAGGAGCGUGCAAAGGGGCACAUCAUUAAUAUUGGAUCGAUUGCUGGACGAGAGCCUUACGCAGGAGGAUCAAUAUAUUGUGCAACCAAACAUGCGGUGAAUGCCUUCUCAGGUGCGCUUUUAAGAGAGCUAGUGUCGACCCCUCUCCGGGUUUCAGAGAUCCAACCAGGAAUGGUGGAGACCGAGUUCUCAGUGACCCGGUUCCGAGGCGAUCGGAAAUUGGCAGACGCCGUUUACGACGGUUUGGAUCCUUUGACGGCCGCAGAUAUCGCCGAGGAAAUCGUCUGGUGUGCAGCUAGACCGCCCCACGUCAAUGUGGCCGAAUUAUACGUGUUGCCGACCGCCCAAGCCAGUGCAGGAAUCAGUCAUCGACAAAACAGUUAG